AUGCCUUCACCACGUAAAAUUAAAGUUUUGGUUCUACCUGGCGACAAUUGUGGGCCAGAAGUUGUUAAUGAAGGUGUAAAGGUUCUAAAAGCUAUUUCAAAUAUUAGAAAAAAAUGCAAUGGUGUAGAAAUCGAAUUACAAGAAGAAAAAAUCGGCGGCUGUGCCAUUGAUGCUACAGGCAAACCGCUUCCGGAGGUUACUUUAAGUGCUGCAAAAGAAGCUGACGCCAUUCUUUUAGGAGCUGUUGGUGGCCCACAAUGGCCAAAACAAAUUGAUUCAAAUGAUGCAUCAAAAGGCCUUGGACCAAGACCUGAACAAGGUUUACUUGAUAUUCGCAAAUCUUUAGAUUUAUUUGCAAAUUUAAGACCUUGUUCAUUUGCAAGUGAUUCUUUGAUUGCCUAUUCUCCUUUAAAGGAAAGUGUUGUCAAAGGAACUGAUUUUACUAUUGUUCGUGAGUUAGUUGGUGGUAUUUAUUUUGGUGAAAGACAUGAGCAAGAUGAAAGUGGUAAAGAAGUAAAAAGAGUAACCCGUUUAGCAGCUCAUCUCGCAUUAGAAAAAAAUCCGAUUGCAACAAUACAUUCUUUAGAUAAAGCUAAUGUUUUAGCUACUUCGAGACUUUGGCGUCGUGUAGUAACUGAAACGUUAGAAAAAGAAUUUCCAAAAGUUCCUUUUAAACAUCAUUAUAUUGAUGCAGCAGCCAUGUUUUUGGUAAAAAGUCCUACCAUUCUAAAUGGAAUCGUGCUUACGGAAAAUUUGUUUGGUGAUAUUUUAAGCGAUGAAGCAAGUAUUAUUCCUGGUAGUCUUGGUUUAUUACCUUCAGCAAGUUUAAAUGGACUUCCUGAUGGCAAAAAUAAAUGUAUCGGAAUUUAUGAACCAAUCCAUGGAUCUGCACCUGAUAUAGCAGGAAAAGGAAUUGUUAAUCCUAUCGCAACCAUUCUUAGUGUCGCGUUGAUGUUGAAAUAUUCUUUAAAUCUUCCAAGAGAAGCUAAAGCUGUUGAAGAUGCUGUACGUAAAGUUUUGGAUGAUGAAGAAUUUGGUGGUUUCAGCUAUCGUACAAAAGACUUAUCUGGGGAUAAAACUACUGUUGAAGUUGGUGAUAAAGUAUGUGAAGUUCUUGAAGGUUACUUGGAAGGUCUUAAUUCUGAAGAUCGUAUUUCAUUAUCAAUUCCAAAUCGUGGUUUGCUCUUACAAAAACCACCUGGUAGACGUGGUAUGACUAUUUGUGAGAAAACAAUCGCUCAUGCAGCUAUCGGUCUUUCACAACCCGGUCAUGUUAAACCUGGAGAUAUGAUUUGCGUUUCAGUCGAUUGGACAUUAGCCUCAGAACUUACGUGGAAGGGAAUGGAAAAAACCUUUAAUAUAAUGGGAAGGCCAAAUAUUUAUCGUAAUGAUAGAUUUUGGCUUGCUAUUGAUCAUACAGUGGAUCCUCGAAUAAAUCACCUUCCAAAACCUGCUGGACUUAUUAAAGCAAGUGAAAAUUUCGCUAAAGAAGCUAAAAUUGUUGACUUUUAUAAACCAAAUCAUACAAUUUUACAUACAGAAUUUUAUCGUGAAAGAGCUCAACCGGGUCAAAUGAUUAUUGGAGCUGAUUCUCAUAGUUGUUCGGCUGGAGCUGUUAGUGCAUUUGCUGUGGGCUUAGGAGCUGCAGAUGUAGUUAUGCCUCUAGUUACAGGAGAGACUUGGUUUAAAGUUCCUGAAACGGUUGAAAUUAGAUUUAUUAAUAAACCACCUUUUGGUAUUGGUGGUAAGGAUGCAAUUCUUUAUGUCCUUGGAGAACUUAAACGUAACACUGUGGCUUUCGAGAGAGCUGUUGAAUAUACAGGGCCUGGAUUAAGAUAUCUUUCAUGUGAUGCAAGAUUUGCCAUUUCAAAUAUGGCAACUGAAUUUGGUGGCAUAGCGGGUGUAUUCGAAGGAGAUGAGAUUACUGCCGCAUUCAUUGCAAAACGUAAAAAUCCAGCUCAUAAAAAUUCGGCUUUAUAUUUCCGUGCAGACCCCGAUGCACAUUAUGCUGAAACUCAUGUUAUCGAUCUAUCAAAAGUUGAUUCACUUGUCGCUUUAUAUCCUUCUCCUGAUGAUGUUGUACCAGUUACAAAAGUUGCAGGAAAGAAAUUGGAUGGUGUAUUUAUCGGUGCUUGUACAACUGCUGAAGAAGAUUUGAUUUUAGCUGGUUUAGUACUUGAACAAGGUUUAAAGAAAGGGCUAAGACCUUCUCUUAAUGGUAUAAGAAAAUGUACUCCUGGUAGUUUACCUAUAAUUGCUAAAUUGAGAAAACUGGGAUUAUUGAAGUUUUAUGAACAAGCUGGAUUUGAAAUUGGUGCUCCAGGUUGUUCGUAUUGUAUUGCCGUUGCUGCUGAUCAUGCUGGUGAAGGUGAAGUUUGGCUAAGUAGUCAAAAUCGUAACUUUAGAAAUCGUAUGGGUAAAGGAGCAAUUGGUAAUUUGGCUUCAGCUGCUACCGUAGCAGCCUCUUCAUUUGAAAUGGAAAUUCGCGAUCCAAGAGACUUGCUCGAUGCCAUUGAUGAAAAGAAAUUUAAUGAAUGUUUAGGGCAAUGGUUUGAUCCUAAAAUUUCUAUUACAAUUUCUGAACCAAACCCUAUUCUUUAUGAUCCAUCAAACCCAUCAUUAUCAUCAGAAUCAAUAUCAGAUUUACUACCGCCAUCAACAUCAUUUUCUUCAAGUAUAAAAGGAAAAGUUCAAAGAUUUGAAGAUAAUGUAGAUACUGAUGCUAUUAUACCAGCACAAUUUAUGCCUGGUACAAGUGAUGAGGACUUGGGUAGCCACGCAUUUCAGUAUGUUAAACCAGAUUUUGUACAAAAAAUUAAAGAUGGUUAUAACAUUGAAUCAGGUAAAUUACGAUAUUAA